AUGUCAUUCAGAGGAGCACCCCGAGGCCGCGGUGGCGGUGGUUUUGGUGGUGGUCGCGGAGGAGGACGUGGUGGGUUCCAGCAGCGGGACAUGGGCCCUCCCGCUACCGUUCUCGAGAUGGGCAAGUUCAUUCACGCCUGCGAGGGCGAGAUGGUGAUCGAGUCUACAAACCCGAAGGUUCCGCACUUCAAUGCGCCGAUAUACCUCGAAAACAAGACGGCAGUCGGCAAGGUCGACGAGGUCCUUGGACCCAUUAACCAAGUUUAUUUCACGAUCAAGCCUUCCGAGGGCAUCCAGGCGACGUCAUUCAAGUACGGCGAUAAGUUCUACAUUGCCGGCGAGAAGCUCCUACCUCUCGAGAGGUUUCUUCCGAAGCCCAAGCCUCCGCCGGGAACUGUCAGCAAGGUCAAGAAGCCUAGCCGUGGUGGCGCAGCCCGCGGUGGGCGUGGAGGGCCCGGUGGUGGUUUCUCGCGUGGCGGAGGCAGGGGAGGCGGUAGGGGAGGUUUCGGCGGGUCAAGAGGAGGCGGUGGCUUCGGGGGCGGCUUCGGAGGUGGCCGUGGGGGUGCGCCGCGGGGUGGCAGAGGUGGUUUCUCGCGUGGUGGCGGUCGGGGCGGUGGUCGUGGCAGGUUUUAA